AUGUUGGCACUUCAACCACAUCAACAGCAGCAACAGCAGCAACAACAGCAGCAGCAGCACAACAGCAGAGACAACGGCAGCAGCAACAGCAGAGACAACCACCAGGAGCAACAGUUGACUAGCCAGGGCAAUCUCGACUCGCAAGAGCGGUAA